CGUGCAAAUUGGAAUUCUUCCAGUCACAUGCUUUUCUGGAACAAGAAAAGUAAACGGAAGAGCGCAUAAAGGUGGGAAGACUGCAAAUCAAAGUGUUUUUUGAUGGCAUAAAACGAAAGUUGUCCCCGAGAUUCGAACUCGCGAUCUGUGAAGCAAUGGGCAGCAUGGCGCGACAGGCCGUGAAGAACCUGAAAGACUUGUGCAGACACCAAGCGCGAGGAGUGACAUACAUGCCAAGGCCUGGAGACGGGACGCCUCGGGCGGUGACUCUGAUUCCGGGCGAGGGCAUUGGCCCUCUGGUCACGGGCGCUGUGGUGGAUGUGAUGGAGGCCAUGCAUGCCCCUGUCUUCUUCGAGACCUACGAGAUGACGGGCACCAUGGACAGAGUUCCCACUGAGGUGGUCGAUUCCAUCAAGCGCAAUAAGGUGUGCCUCAAGGGCGGCCUCCAUACGCCCGUAGGCGGAGGUGUAAGUUCCUUGAAUUUGCAGCUUAGGAAGGAGUUGGAUCUCUUCGCUUCACUCGUUCACUGUGCAAACCUCCCCGGCCUCCCCACCAGGCACGAUGAUGUUAAUAUUGUCGUCAUUAGGGAGAAUACGGAGGGGGAGUAUUCUGGACUCGAGCAUGAGGUCGUUCCUGGGGUUGUGGAAAGUCUCAAGGUAAUAACAAAGUUCUGCUCAGAACGGAUUGCCAAGUAUGCAUUUGAGUAUGCAUAUCUCAACAAUAGGAAAACAGUGACAGCUGUGCACAAGGCCAAUAUCAUGAAACUUGCAGAUGGGCUUUUUUUGGAAUCCUGCCGUGAAAUUGCAAAGAAAUACAAAGGGAUAAAGUAUAAUGAGAUCAUUGUUGAUAACUGCUGCAUGCAACUUGUUUCCAAACCUGAACAGUUUGAUGUGAUGGUUACGCCAAAUUUAUAUGGUAACUUAGUCGCAAACACUGCAGCUGGUAUUGCAGGGGGCACUGGUGUUAUGCCAGGGGGCAAUGUUGGUGCAGAUUAUGCUAUUUUUGAGCAAGGAGCUUCAGCUGGCAAUGUAGGGAAUGAGAGAUUGGUGGAGCAGAAAAAGGCUAACCCUGUAGCACUGUUAUUAUCUUCUGCAAUGAUGUUGCGGCAUUUACAGUUUCCUGCUUUUGCAGAUCGGUUGGAGCAAGCCGUUAUGAGUGUCAUCAGAGAAGGCAAAUAUCGCACAAAGGAUCUUGGUGGGAACAGUACCACUCAAGAGAUUGUGGAUGCGGUUAUUUCAAACCUUGGAUAAAAAAUUGAAUUUCAGACAGAAAAUAUUAUUUUAAACAUAGCCUUGUGAAUAAUAUUCACAGGUUGUGACUUAUUCAUGUCUAUGUCCCAGGGGACCUACAGUUAUGUAGUCCCUUUAUUCUUUGAAGAUCCAAUAUUUGCACAAUUUUCAGAUAUAAAACUGUCAUUCUUGCUUUUUCUAACAUUAAUAACCAAGGGAAUUUUUGGAUUACCAAAUUCCUUGGGGCGGCACUAGGGUUUUACAUGGAGGUAUGUUGUAUUUGCACUCUUCAUAGUUUUGAUUCUGAGGAAGGUUGUAUUUUGUUGCACAUUUACUGUAAGGAAUCUCAAUCUUACUUCAUUGAACAAGAGAGCACUAAAGGAGAGCAAAUUCACAACUGAUAUUUGGAGAUAAAGACAGGAAGACAAUAUAAAUAUUGUUUUCUAUAGGUAGAGAGAAGUUUCAAAAUUAAGGCAAAUUUACUCCACUUGUUAUUGCAGCUAACUAAACAUAGCCAUAAGAGCAAGCAAACAUUGUAGUUAAACUUGGGAUUUUUUAUUCUAAUACAUUUUUCUAUUGAAAUAUAAUACAUGCUCACCAGUGUUGCUUCUU